AGCGUGGGCCGGAAGUGGAGGAGCCGAGAGCGGCGCCGCAGGAGCUCCGGGCUACACAGUGGCGACGGCGGCGGCCCCUCGGCUGGAGGAGGACGAUGAGGAGCGACGGAAGCGGCGCGGGGGGACGCUUCUGCGCGGCGCCGGGUUCCGAGUCCGCGGCCGACUGCGCAGCCUGCGAGCAGGUCUAAGACGCUUACGGAGAGCCACAAUGGAAAAGUCCUGGAUGCUGUGGAACUUUGUUGAAAGAUGGCUAAUAGCUUUGGCUUCAUGGUCUUGGGCUCUCUGCCGUAUUUCUCUUUUACCUUUAAUAGUGACUUUCCAUCUGUAUGGAGGCAUUAUCUUACUUUUGUUAAUAUUUAUAUCAAUAGCAGGUAUUCUCUAUAAAUUCCAGGAUGUAUUGCUUUAUUUCCCAGAGCAGCCAUCUUCUUCACGCCUUUAUGUUCCCAUGCCGACUGGUAUUCCACAUGAAAACAUUUUCAUCAGGACCAAAGAUGGAGUGCGUCUAAAUCUUAUUUUGAUAAGAUACACUGGAGACAGUUCGCCCUAUUCCCCAACUAUAAUUUAUUUUCACGGGAAUGCAGGCAACAUAGGUCACAGGUUACCGAAUGCAUUGCUUAUGUUGGUUAACCUCAAAGUUAAUCUUUUGCUUGUUGAUUAUCGAGGAUAUGGAAAAAGUGAAGGAGAAGCAAGUGAAGAAGGGCUCUACCUAGAUUCCGAGGCUGUGCUAGACUACGUGAUGACCAGGCCUGACCUUGACAAAACAAAAAUUUUUCUUUUUGGCCGUUCCUUGGGAGGGGCAGUAGCUAUUCAUUUGGCCUCUGAAAAUUCACAUAGGAUUUCAGCCAUCAUGGUGGAGAACACAUUUUUAAGCAUACCGCAUAUGGCCAGCACUUUAUUUUCAUUCUUUCCAAUGCGUUACCUUCCUUUAUGGUGCUACAAAAAUAAAUUUUUGUCCUACAGAAAAAUCUCUCAGUGCAGAAUGCCUUCUCUUUUCAUCUCUGGACUCUCUGACCAAUUAAUCCCACCAGUAAUGAUGAAGCAACUUUAUGAACUUUCCCCAUCUCGGACUAAGAGAUUAGCCAUUUUUCCUGAUGGAACUCAUAAUGAUACAUGGCAAUGCCAGGGUUACUUCACUGCCCUUGAACAGUUCAUCAAAGAAGUAAUAAAGAGUCAUUCUCCUGAAGAAAUGGCAAAAACUUCAUCUAAUGUAACAAUUAUAUAAUGUUUUUCUUUUUGAUUAAUGCACUGUAUUUUAAUUUGUGCAGAAUGAUAAAGAAUGUUCCUUUCUAGAAGUGUGUUAUAUCUGUACUUGUCUGAAGAGUGACAUUAAACUUUGAAAGGUAAAAUGAUCCAAAUAGUUUUUUACAUUUGAAGGACUAUAAUUAUUGGGAUUUCAUACAUUUUCAUCGAACCUUUCAAUAUGGUUAUGUAUCCAUAUCUUUAGUUUAAUAUGCUAUCAUAAUAGCAUAUUCAAAAGUUUCUUGUUGCUGAAGUUGUGUAAUCUACGUGACACUUAGAUUAAUGACUAAGUGUGGAAGGAGAUAUGUAAACAAGAAACCUUUGGGUAUUAUUCCUUUAGUAAAUAUUGGGACAAUCAUGGUAAGCAAACUUAGUUCUGUAAUUGCAUUUUUCACCUUAAAAAUGAAAUGCAUGAUGGUAUUUUAUUCCUUGACUUAUGCAAUGCAAUGUUUUUAAUGUAAAUACUGGUCAUAAAGCAAUGUAUAUGGUAACCUGGGUUAUAUCUAUUUUUAUGUAAACUCUAUUUUGUCUUUAGCAAGAAAUGAAAUUGAGGCCUAUGUGCAGGUUGCCAUUGAAUUUUGCUCUGGUAAAUGCUGAGAUCCAGCUUUUUCUUACAAAUAAAUGGGACCCCAUUUUCCAAUA